AUGUCCUCUGACUUCGCAUCCGACGUCUCACAGACUAUUGCUUCCAACAUUGCAACGUUCACGACCUCAGCCUUGGUAUUCUAUGAUUACUUAAUCACGCUCGACCAAGAAGUCCGCACCGUUUGGCAGCAGAAGUUCUCUAUCGUCUCCCUCCUCAUUGUGUCCACCCGAUGGACACUGAUUUUGCAAGCAGCAUCUAGCUUACUCCCAAACGGACAAAUAAGGUAUAUGAUCUCGCACGACCAGACCUGGAAAGCACUGAAGAUGAAAUCGAAUGCAGCUGCGUAG